AUGGGUCCAAUUAUGCGCUUGUUGCGCAUUUGUGAUUCUGAUGAAAAACCAUCAUUGAGUUAUGUAUAUGAAGGCAUGUGGAGAGUUGUUAAUGGCAUUAAAGAGCUGUUUAAGAACAAGAAAAAGUUCUAUGGUCCAUACAUUGAUAUAAUUGAUAGGAGGUGGGAUAAUAUGUUGAAAAAAGAUCUUCAUGCAGCUGCCUUUUGGUUGAAUCCGGCCUUUCAAUAUGAUAAGGAUAGCCCUUGUCACAUGCCUGAGAUUAUGAAAAGUGUUUUAGAAGUCAUGCAAAAGCUAAAAAUGGAUGGACUUCAAUAUAUGAUGGAUGAAAUAUCAAUGUUUAGGUCAAAGGAUCAAAGUUUUGGAUUUGAAUUUGCUCAAAAUACUCACAAAACUGCCCGUCCAGAUGAGUGGUGGAAGUUGUUUGGUAAUGAUGCUCCACAUUUACAAAAGUUGGCAAUUAAACUCUUGAGCCAAACAUCUUCUUCUUCGGGAUGUGAACGCAAUUGGAGUGCUUUCAUAUAA